UCUAUCUUUCUCCAUCUCUCUCUGUUUCCUUUCUCUGUGGACUAGAUCGAUAAUCACGUAAAGCAGGAAAACAGGGUCGGGUCACCCAUGGCGAGUCGACUCGGGCCGAACCCAGCUCCGGUGGUCUCCACCUCACUGCAACUCUACCUUUCCCAUCACCGCCGCUGAUUCCCCCACCCAGCUGUGUUGUGGAGUUAGGGGGUUUCUAUCUGGGUUUGUCAUUUGUGUAAUUUUGGAUUGAGUGAGCGUUUUUUGGGUUAGUUAGUGAUGGGUGACGAGACAUCUGAUGCAAUGAACCUUGACCUGAAUCUUGGUCCUGGUCCCGAGCCGGCUUCCGCUGCUAUGUCCUAUGAGUCUGUGAAUUUGGAGGAGGGUUGGAUGGAACAGCCUAUCCACCGAAUUGCCGAAGCUUUUGGGUUUAGUCCCUUGUUUGGGCGUAGGUGGCCACUACCUGGAGGACGUAAUGUGUCUUCGGAGCUGAAUCAAUUGACUGUCAAUUCUGGGAAUACGAGCAUUCUACAAGCCGGGGAGGGUAGUGUUGCGGCGGAGGAAAGAAGCAAUGAUGUGCCUAAGAAGUGUGAAAAUGUUAAUGGGAUUUUGGAGAAUGAGACUUCAGAGGAGAAGGAUGAUGUUGAAAAGAGCAGUGGCUGUGAUGGGAGCUUCUUUGAUUGUAAUAUUUGUUUGGACUUGGCUAGGGAUCCUGUGUUGACUUGUUGUGGUCAUCUGUUUUGUUGGCCAUGCAUCUACCGAUGGUUGCAUGUGCAUUCCGAUGCAAAGGAAUGCCCAGUUUGUAAGGGAGAGGUUACUCUGAAGAAUGUGACUCCUAUUUAUGGCCGUGGGAACAAUACUCCUGAGGCAGAUGAUGACUCCAAUCUUAAGAUCCCUCUUAGGCCUCAAGCGCGUCGGGUUGAAAGCUUGAGGCAAACUAUUCAGAGGAGUGCGUUUACUUUUCCAGUGGAGGAGAUGAUUCGACGCCUUGGAAGUAGAUUUGAUUUGUCUCGGGACUUGGUUCAGCCCACAGAAGAUACUCCCCGGGAUUCCGCCACGGAAAGAACUAAUGGCUUGUUAAAUAGGAUUUUGACAUCUCGAGCACUGCGUAGAGAGCAGCAAAAUCAGGUGGCACCAACUGAAGUUGUGGAUUUAACGCAAGACAAUAUUACUAGCAUUGAUACAGGAGAAAACCGCAGGCUUCAGGCCGUGCUACUUCGGAGAACACAAUCACAUAGAGCAACACUUUCUUCUCUCUCAUCUGCAUUAAGUUCUGCUGAAAGGUUGGUGGAGGCUUAUUUCCAUAACCACCCAAUUACACCUGCAGUUAGAAUUCCAGAGCCGCCUCCACCAGUUGAUGAUAGAGACUCUUUCUCAAGUAUUCAAGCUGUUAUAAAUUCUGAGAGUCAAGUGGACACAGCUGUGGAAAUUGAUUCUAUGGUUUCCAUUUCUUCAUCUUCCAGAAGAAGAAAUGAAGCUUCAAGGGUUUCAGACAUGGAUAGUGGAGACUCCCGUGCCCCCAGAAGGAGAAGACUGAACUGAAAGCCUCUUCUUCAGGUGGUCAACAGUGUUGUAUGUGCUCCUUGCCUUUAUUUAUUGCCAUUUCCCCUACUUAAAUGCCCUUGUAUUACUACUUCACUGAUUACACUGUUCACCUUUUACUAUGACUUUGUCCUUUGACAUUGAUGAGGUGAUUAUCAACUAUCUGCUUGAAUUAUUUGUUUUUACUUUAUCAAUGUUAUGAGCUUCCUUAACUUCAGGGGAUUAGGCUUUU